CGCGCAUUAAGCGCAUACUGUGCGCAGUGGUUGCUUUGUGUUCUCCGAAGCGAGACAGAUACAUACCCGUCUCCUACGAAGAACAGAGAUAGAACAACAGUUAAAAGUAGAAAACCAAUAUGGCGAAAAUCAAGUGAUGGUAUUUUGUCCACUUUCGGUCAAAAAAGUGCGAUUUUCUCAUCGAUAGAUACAAAAUUAACCGCGAAUGAUGGUGAUAAGGUGCGACUGGACGUAAACGCUAACGAAAAUCGUUGUUUUUGUUUUUCUAUUUUUAUUUGUAUUCGUCUAAAGUGACAAUGUAUGUCGUGAUAGUCGCGAGUGGCCCUUAGUAAAAGUGCUAUUUGGAUUUAAUUUUAUUCCUUUUCGAUAAAAUAUGAAUACUGGUCUAUCUGGGGAUAAUAUUUACGACUUUAAUUCGGAAGAAAAUUCUGCAAAAUGGAAAGGCCUCCUGACUGCUGCAUUAAAAAAAGUGUUAGAGCAAGUACAUCCUUCUCUAGGAGCAAGGGAAGAAGCCUUAGAAUAUGUGGAAAGUCUAUGCCUGCGUCUUCUUGCUAUGCUUUGUGCAAAACCAAGUCCGCACACUGUACAGGAUGUUGAAUUCAGGGUACAAAAUACAUUUCCUACGCCAAUUGACAAAUGGGCAUUAAAAGAAGCUCAAGAGGCCCUUGAGAGGGGCAAGAAAAAGUCGGUAUUGCAGUUGCCUGUUGACAAAAUCCAUUCGUUGCUACAGAAGGAGCUUUUGCUAUACAAAGUUGAUUCGACAGUGUCGCUAUUUCUAGUGGCAGUUUUAGAAUACAUCUCUGCCGACAUAUUAAAAUUGGUAGGAAAUUACGCGAAAAAUAUUAAACAUGUAGAAAUCACCUAUCAAGAUGUGCAGAUCUCUAUGAAAGUGGACAAGGCUCUUAUGGAUAUGUUCUACCAGGAUGAAGGUGGAGGUACUAGUAGUUUAAACGAAAAUCCGGUAAUGUUAUCAACGGCACCCAGAACUAGUUUAACCUAUGAAGAAACUGUUCGAGAACUUAUCGCCUCAGAAAAAGCUUAUUUGAAAGAACUACAUAUGUUAAUCAAAGUAUUUAGGGAGGAAAUAAUAAAAUUGAAACCCGGUCCGCAAGACAUAGAAAAAAUAUUUUCGAAUAUCAUGGAUAUUUACGAAUUGACGUAUACUCUGUCUGGUAGUUUGGAAGACGUGCGGGAGAUGGCGCAGGAGAAAAUGCCGUACAUUGGCAGUUGUUUUGAAGAAUUGGCCGAAGCCGCCGAAUUCGACGUAUACAUAAAAUACGCUCGCGAUGUAACAUCACCAAGUUGUCGAGAAACUCUAAAUUCGUUACUUUCGGCGCCCGGACGUCCAGAGCGCACUCAAUACGGCCGGUCAGGGCAUGCCGCUGGCUCUAAAAUACUACUUACCCAGCUCUUCUGAUGGGUCCAAUAUGGCAUUGUUUCUCGUAUUUGGAUUACAUCAAGUUCCUGAGGAAUCUAUCGCCUUCCAGUGAGGAUAAAGAGACUUUAACACAAGUAGAGGGAUUGUUGAAACCGUUACAAAUUACUUUAGGUAAUUGUGGGGCCCAGUCAAACGCUGCCGAGGAGCUCGGCGCCUCUGCCUCAGACCAGAGCGAGGCGACAAGCGGCUUUGUUGAAAAUUCAGGAUCUGGAAAAGAUCGUGGAAAAUUGGGAUUCGAGGGAUUUGGGCCAAUGCUGUAACGAGUUCGUUAGAGAAGACACUUUGGUCAAAGUGGGUAACAAUAAAAGACUGACGGAUAGACGCGUGUUCCUAUUUGAUGGUUUGAUGAUACUGUGUAAGCCUAAUUCUAGAAGACAGAGUUCAGUUCACCAUCAAAACUACCCCGAAUGCAGGCUCAAAGAACGAUUUUUCAUAAGAAAAGUGGAAAUAAUCGAUCAUCAGGACACCGACGAGCUUAAACACGCCUUCGAAAUAUCUCCCAGACAGACACCGUCUGUCAUUCUGUGUGCCAAAUCCGGCGAAGACAAGAACUCUUGGAUGGCCGAUCUGGUCAUGCUCAACAACAGGUCCAUGUUGGAGAGAGUUUUGGAUAGCAUCCUAUCGGAUAUAGAAAGGAAGCAUCCAUUGAAACUGCCUCCUCCGUCGCUGUAUAAAUUCGCAGAACCGGAUUCUAAAGAUAACAUAAUACUCGAACAAAGAGAAAAUGGUGGAGUUCCUCUAAUUAAAGGCGCAACUUUAUACAAACUCGUUGAAAGACUGACUUAUCACAUUUACGCCGACCCAAAGUUCGUCAGAACUUUCCUAACCACGUACAGAAGCUUCUGCUCUCCCACGGAACUGCUGGAUCUGUUGAUAGAACGGUUCCAGAUACCCGAUCCUUCACUAGUAUACGAACAAGAUUGUUGCGAUAGCGACAAAAUGCAGAAGAGCAGUCAAAGGGAGGAUUGGAAGAAGUACAGGAAGGAGUAUUGCCAACCGGUGCAGUUCAGAGUAUUAAAUGUGUUGAGGCAUUGGGUGGACCAUCAUUUUUACGAUUUCGAAAGGGAUCCUAAUCUGUUGGUGAAACUUCAAAAUUUUUUGGAUUCCGUGCAUGGAAAAAGUAUGAGGAAAUGGGUGGACAGUGUGAUCAAGAUCGUUCAAAGAAAGAUGGAAAACGACAACCAAAGGCACAUAAAAUUCGCCUUUGAUGAACCUCCGCCGCCGAUCGAGAAACAUAUCAACUGUUCCGAGGACGAGUACGGAAUUUUGACGCUCCAUCCGGUGGAGAUCGCUAGGCAACUAACCAUUCUAGAAUUCGAUUUGUAUCGAACGAUUAAACCUUCGGAAUUGGUUGGAUCUGUUUGGACCAAAAAGGAUAAGCAAACUUCUAGUCCGAAUUUGUUGAAAAUGAUCAAGCAUACUACAAAUCAUUUUUUGGAAACCUUAAAUCCAUUCGGAGACAUCAACGACACCGAAAUAAGCAACUACUUAUACCAAAAAUCACUGGAAAUCGAACCGAGGCGAUGCCGGAUCGUACCGAAAUUUCCUAGAAAAUGGCCGCACUUAAAUUUGAAGAGCCCCGGCAUUAAGACCGUCAAAAUAGUAAAGAAUGUUCCAAACGCUGUCGCAAACACCAUAAAUCAAACGUUGAGUUCGACUCUAAAAAGCGACGAUUCGAAAAGUGAAGAUUCUUCAAAGUCCGAGAAUGAUUUCAGUGUGUUUGCACCAGGCGCUGAAUUCAAAUUUCACAUCGAAAAUGACCCUCUGAACACCUGGUGCACCGGAACGUGGACGCGGACAUCAUCUCCGCCUCAGAGGUACAGUCACAACAGUCAGAGUUCUACUGGUGGUCCGAACAGUCCUGGUCCGCACAGUCCGGUGUCUCCUGGGCCGCAUCUGCCUAUCGAACCUAUUAGUCCUCGUUUGUCGUCGAAUCCGCCUCCCACUCCGCCGCCUUUGCCUCCGAGGAGGAGAAGGGAUAGUACGGAAAUAAGUUCGCCUCAACAAAUGAAACAGGCGCCAGACGCUCCCAUUCUGCCUCCGCGAGACGUCUCCUUACCCUUCAGAGAUUGUUCUCCGCCUCCUCUACCACCGCGAAGGGAACCCGGGGCGUCUCCUAGCGCUCACUCCCAUUCCCACUCGCAUUCUCAUUCCUUCUCGCAUCACUCCGUAAACGCAUUACCGAAUUUGGGACCCAACACGCUUCCGAGAUUGCAUCCCACCAGCACUUCGCAGUUACACAUGAGAAGGCACGCAUCCCUGCAUCCUCAACCCGGGCAACAUGCCGCUCAUCACAACGGAGGGACCAGCAUACCAUUAUCAGCUCAACCGCCGAAUAUCUCGCCGAGAUUCAUGCCGGAAGCGGCACCUAGUCAAGCGACGCCUCAACUACCCCCAAGACCGGCCGUCAGAUCAGCAGGUCUAGCGUGCGGAACCAUGUUUCAAUAUCCCACUACGACAACAACUUAGGUCUCGUAUAAAAUGUAAAAUAAAAAAAGUUACGACUCUUUUGAAAAAUCGAGAAAAAUUUUUUUCAAAAAAAAAAAAAACAGAUUAUUUCAUAAUUUACAUUGUUUGGAGUUAUAUUCGAGGAUACUGAUAGGUAGAUUUUUGGGUCAUUAAAAUAGUUAGGUAUUUAGUAUUUUGGUGUGUAAAGUGGAAUCAGAAGAAUCAGAAGUAUUGUUUUUAGUACAGUAUUCUUUAUUUUAUAACAUACUUUACUUUGUAAUAUACCCCGGAUACCUGGUGCGCCCAAA